UACAAAACAGGCAGGAGGUUCUGUAAAAUUUUCGAAAAAUGUUGAAAUUUAUUUUUGUAUUUUUAUUUUUUCUGACAAUUAAUGGCGCACCAACUAAAAAAUUCUACGAUACAAUUUCGUAUGCAAAGCAAUCAGAUUCGCCAUGGACAGUUCUAAUCAAGCUUGGCGCUGAUGAACGGCGCUGCACGGGAAGCUUAAUUCAUAAAGAAUAUGUCAUUACCGCUGCGCAUUGCUUCGAUAACUUGGAAAUGGACUACGAAAAGCUUGAAGAGUUUAUAAAAAUUAACAUUGGCGAUUGGAAACCUGACACAGAUCCAGAUUGUGAUGAUGCUGAUGACGAUGAUGACGAUGCUGAAAUUUGCUCUGAUCAUCAUUACGCUGACAUUCCACCAAAAGCAAUUUACAUUCAUGAUGACUACAAAAAUCAUGAUAUUAGGUUUGAUGUUGCUAUGAUUAAGCUGUCAAGACCUCCACGAUUAUCUCCUUACAUAACUUUAAUUCCACUAAGUACUGACACAGACGAACAAACAUAUGAGGAAGGAACAAUGAUUAUUACUGGAUUUGGCGAGGACAAACCGAAACAACCUACAAAGCAAAAGAAACAAACAGAAGUAACAUUAAUCGAGUAUAGGAAAUGUAAAACAGAAUUAGGUGCUUCAUAUACUGCUGAACAUCAUUUCUGUGCCAGUGUUCCUGACGGAAUAACAACAUGUUCAGGAGAUUCCGGUGGCCCUGUUACAUCAUUCGACAAUGGAGUUUAUAAGCUGCAAGGAAUUGUUGGCGCUGGUAAUACAGACUGCGUUGGAUCAGAUCGUCCUAGCAGAAUUCUGAAAAUUGAACCACUGAUUCCAUGGAUCGAGCAGACUAUUCGAGGUGAAUCCCAUACACUAACGACUCCAUCAACUACAACAACGACUGAAGAGGAAGAAGAAUGCGAUGACUUAGUUUGCUAAU